AUGCGAGUGGGGCCAAGGCCUGAGCAGGGCAGGGCAGGGCUGGGCUGGGCUGGGCGGGUCGCGGCAGUGAUGUCGUACAAGGGUUCGGCGUCCUUGGAUGACGAUUCCUGGGGUGUCAUGGCGGCCUGGCGUGCAGGACGGUGAAGGUGAGAGGCGGGGCGCAGGGCAGCCGGGUCCCGCCGGCCGCAGAGCGCAAUGUCCCUGUUGUUUGCUCGCUCCAACUCCAUAGUUGCAGUGAAGAAGGAUAAAAGACACAUGGCGGAAGUAAACGCUUCUCCGCUCAAACACUUCGUUACUGCCAAGAAGAAGAUCAAUGGCAUUUUUGAACAGCUGGCUGCAUAUAUCCAGGAAAGUGCUACUUUCCUGGAAGAAACUCACAAGAAUGUGGAGCUUGACCCUGUCACCACAGAAGAGCAGGUAGUGGAAGUCAAAGGUUACCUGUCAAAAGUCAGUGGCAUCAGUGAGGUGUUGGCCCGACGACACAUGAAAGUGGCUUUUUUUGGCAGGACAAGCAAUGGCAAAAGCACGGUGAUAAAUGCCAUGUUGUGGGACAAAGUCCUUCCCUCGGGGAUUGGACACACCACAAACUGUUUCCUCCGUGUGGAAGGGACAGAUGGCCAUGAUGCUUUCCUGCUUACUGAAGGCUCAGAGGAGAAGAGGAGUGUCAAAACAGUAAACCAGCUGGCUCAUGCGUUGCAUCAAAAUGAACUUCUGAAUGCUGGUAGCCUUGUCAGUGUAAUGUGGCCAAACUCCAAGUGUCCUCUCUUAAAAGAUGACCUGGUGCUGAUGGACAGCCCAGGCAUUGAUGUGACCACAGAGCUUGACAGCUGGAUAGACAAGUUCUGCCUGGAUGCUGAUGUGUUUGUGCUGGUAGCAAACUCGGAGUCCACGCUAAUGCAAACGGAGAAGCAGUUCUUCCACAAGGUGAAUGAGCGUUUGUCUCGGCCCAAUAUUUUCAUCCUGAAUAACCGCUGGGAUGCAUCGGCCUCUGAGCCAGAGUACAUGGAAGAGGUGCGUCGGCAGCACAUGGAGCGCUGCAGCAGCUUCCUGGUGGAUGAGCUGGGCGUGGUGGAUCGAGCUCAGGCUGGGGACCGCAUCUUCUUUGUGUCUGCAAAGGAAGUGCUGAACGCUAGGAUCCAGAAAGCCCAGGGGAUGCCAGAAGGAGGUGGAGCACUGGCAGAGGGGUUCCAAGUUAGAAUGUUCGAGUUUCAGAACUUCGAGAGACGAUUUGAGGAAUGCAUCUCACAGUCUGCAGUGAAAACCAAGUUUGAGCAGCAUACAGUGAGAGCCAAGCAGAUUGCAGAGGAUGUCCGUCUCAUCAUGGACUCGGUACAUGUUGCAGCCCAAGAGCAAAGGGUUUAUUGCCUGGAAAUGCGUGAGGAUCGGCAGGAGCGCUUGGGCUUCAUUGAAAAACAGCUGGAGUUGCUCACCCAGGACUAUAAGCUGAAAAUAAAACAGAUCACAGAAGAAGUGGAGAGACAGGUGUCCAAUGCAAUGGCUGAAGAGAUCCGGCGGCUCUCUGUGUUAGUAGAUGAAUACCAGAUGGACUUCCACCCAUCCUCAGUUGUCCUCAAAGUUUACAAGAAUGAACUGCAUCGACACAUUGAGGAAGGCCUGGGCCGUAACAUGUCAGAUCGUUGCUCUAAUGUCAUCACUGCCUCCCUGCAAACCAUGCAGCAAGAAAUGAUAGAUGGAUUAAAACCACUUCUCCCAGUCUCUCUGCGAGGCCAGGUAGACCUGUUGGUCCCUCGCCAGUGCUUCACACUCAGCUAUGACCUGAACUGCGACAAACUUUGUGCCGACUUCCAGGAGGACAUUGAGUUCCACUUCUCUCUUGGCUGGACUAUGCUUGUGAAUAGGUUUUUGGGACCAAAAAAUAGUCGUCGGGCCUUGAUGGGCUAUAAUGACCAGGUUCAGCGUCCUAUACCUUUAACCCCAGCGAAUCCCAGUCUGCCUCCCCUACCUCAGGGCUCUAUGACCCAGGAAGAGCUCAUGGUGUCUAUGGUGACUGGAUUGGCAUCACUCACCUCCAGAACUUCCAUGGGGAUCCUCGUGAUUGGUGGAGUGGUCUGGAAAGCCGUGGGCUGGAGACUGAUUGCACUCUCUUUUGGCCUUUACGGGCUCCUUUAUGUGUAUGAACGCCUCACCUGGACCACGAAAGCGAAGGAGAGAGCCUUCAAGCGCCAGUUUGUUGAGUAUGCCAGCGAGAAACUGCAGCUCAUUGUCAGCUACACAGGUUCCAACUGCAGCCACCAAGUCCAACAGGAGCUUGCUGGGACAUUUGCUCACUUGUGUCAGCAGGUUGAUCUCACGCGGGAAAAUCUUGAAGAGGAAAUUGCUGCCAUGAAUAAGAAAAUUGAGAUCUUGGACUCCUUACAGAGCAAAGCAAAGCUGCUCAGGAAUAAAGCAGGCUGGCUAGACAGCGAGCUCAACAUGUUCACGCAUCAGUACCUGCAGCAGAGCAGAUAGUGUGGGAAGUUGAGACAACACCCUCUCUCUUCAACACUCUCUUAACUCCUGCAGAGAACAUGGUGGGUGAUGGAGUCCCUCAGAGGCACAAGCAUGCGCCCAUGCUGUGUCCUUUCACCAAGUGAACGAUAGGAUUCUGCUUCCAUGUGUUGUGUCCAGCCUCUAAACACUACUUAUUUAUAAGUCUUAUUUUUGCCUGCUGGGUAAUGAGAUGAUUCCAGGAGGAAUUUCUGCUUCAUACAUUGACAGGGGGC